UUCAUUCACUGCCAUUUGGUCAAGUGCUCAGGUUGCUUUGACAUUAAGCUCCACAACCUGUCACUGCAUCAGCGUCAAUCACACACAAACCAAAGGACUAAACCAUAACAGUGUGUUCCUCCAGGAUUCAUCUGUAAAAAGGGAUAUUGCUUUUUUCCUUACGUUUUCUUCUAUUGUUCAUUUUGCAGAGACAAGUUACUCCAACUGUAGCCAUCCAUGUUGUGGCAGAACUACUGACAUUGAAAGUUUGAAGUAAAGCGGAGCUGGCAGUCCAAGAGGAGUGAUUUACAGAACAUAUUUUCAUUUUGUACCCCGGCUUUUUGUUUAAAAAAAAAAACAAACAAACAAACAAACAAACAAACAAAAAAAAACAUAGACGUCAUUAUAACUUGAUUCAAUUCAACUAUUUGUAUUUGUAUUUAAAACCUUUUUUUUUUUUUUAAAUUUAUUUAUUUAUCAUGGCUGGGUGCUGCCUGUCUGCUGAAGACAAGGAAUGCCAAAGGAUAAAUCAAGAAAUUGAAAGACAGCUGCGCAAAGACAAGAAGGAUGCUCGCAGGGAGUUUAAAUUGCUUUUGUUGGGAACUGGAGAGAGUGGCAAAAGUACAUUCAUCAAACAGAUGAGAAUCAUUCAUGGCUCCGGAUAUACAGAUGAUGACAAGAAGGGAUUCAUUAAACUGGUCUAUCAGAACACAGUCAGUGCCAUGCAAUCAUUGGUCUGGGCCAUGGAUAGCUUGAGUAUCCAAUACAAGGAUGAGCAGAACAAGGAAAAUGCUGAUUUGGUUAAGGACAUGGAGGUGGACAAAGUCAUGACAUUAGAGACAAAUCAGUCCGAAGCAAUGAAGAGUUUAUGGAGUGAUCCUGGGAUUCAGGAGUGUUAUGACAGACGGCGAGAAUAUCAGUUGACUGAUUCUGCAAAAUAUUACCUUGAUGACCUAGAACGCAUUGCAGUUCCAUCAUACGUACCAACUGAGCAAGAUGUCCUUCGAGUCAGAGUGCCCACAACUGGAAUCAUUGAAUAUCCUUUUGACCUACAAAACGCCAUCUUCAGAAUGGUAGAUGUAGGCGGUCAGCGAUCUGAAAGAAGGAAGUGGAUUCACUGUUUUGAGAAUGUUACCUCCAUCAUUUUCCUAGUUGCACUAAGUGAAUAUGAUCAGGUCCUCGCUGAGUGUGAUGAUGAGAAUCGAAUGGAAGAGAGCAAAGCUCUAUUUAAAACGAUCAUCACAUACCCCUGGUUUCAGAAUUCAUCUGUCAUUCUUUUCUUGAACAAAAAGGACAUUCUAGAAGAGAAGAUUGCACAUUCUCAUUUAGUUGACUACUUUCCUGAAUUUGAUGGACCCAAACAGGACUCCAAGUCUGCCAGAGAAUUCAUUUUGAAAAUGUAUCAGGAGAUGAAUCCAGAUAAAGAUAAAGUCAUUUACUCUCACAUUACAUGUGCCACAGACACAGAAAACAUCAGGUUUGUCUUUGCUGCUGUCAAGGACACCGUCCUCCAGCUGAACCUCAAGGAGUUCAACCUGGUGUAAAAGCCUUGGUCAAGUAAAUAUAGAAUAAGUGCAAUUGAUGCAACUAAUGCAAUUUCUCAUUUAGGCCUCUCCAAUAUGUUCUUGUUAUGUAACCAGAGUUCUUAUAUUUACCCCAAAAAUGUGAAGACUGCUGGGAAGCAAUCAAAUCAGGGCCUUUGUGAUGGAUUUAUUAAGGUUUACGUUUAUGACAUUUGUUAAUUUUAUAAAGCCAUAUUUUUCACCAAAGUAGGCAAGUUUUAAAGUGAACUCUAAGUGAAACUGAAUUUUAAAUAACUGUGCACUGACUCAAAUGCAAACAAGAUUGCAUGUGUAUCCUUUUUAUUGUAUUAUUUGAUAACCAACUGGAAUCAAAUACAGUAGACUGUAACCCAGGGGUGUCAAACUCCAGUCCUCGAGGGCCGGAGGGUUUUCUGGUUUUCAUUCCAACUUAAGCACUCAAUUAAACUUAAAUUUACCUAAUUAUUUGUUCAAUUGGACAUGUAAUAUUUAAGGUAUUUUACAGUUGAUGAUUUUAAAAAUGCACUUGAUUCAAUGUAGAUUACCUAUAAAACAUUGAUGUCUGAGAAGAAGCGUUAAAUGUGUCCAGUUAAUCAAAUAAUUAGACCAAUUAAGUAACUGAGAGCUCGGGUGAAUGAAAGCCAGAAGACACCCCUGCUGUAACCAAAGUGCCUUUUAAAACAGCAAAGUGAAGAUGGAUGGUGGAUAUCAAAAAGAUACCUAAAUACAUUUUACUAUUUUUAUAUGAUUUUGGGUAGACUGUACUUUUUUGGUAAGCGUCUUUCCAUGGGUGAAUUGCCAUAAACGGGGUAGUUAUCUGGGUUUAUGUAUUUAUUUUAAAUAGUGACACUUGUUAACACUGGAUAAAUAAAUAAAUUGAUUUUGUAUGGACACAUCUCAAUGAACAACAAAAACUGUCAGAAACAGAUAAACCAAAUAAAAGCGGAAUAUUUUGCCGCUAUUUAACAUUAAAGUAACAAAGACUAGGAAGUAAAUUAAAAGAAUGUGAAUAUGGUACUUUGUUAGUAUGAAUACAGAACUGCACUGUACAUUGGUAAAUUGCACUUUGAUGCAGUUCAUCAUUUACUAAAACUGAAAUGUACAUUAGUUCACAAGAAACAGCUAGGCACACAAAACACUUUUACAAAUCAUUUGUAAAAACUUUUUUUUUUUCCUGCUGAUCCUGUGAAAUGUUUAUUGUGUAUAGUGGUAUUUUAAAUCUACUGACAUGAAUAUUAGUUCUUGUAUGUCAACAGUUUCAAGUUGUGUUUAUAUAUAUAUAUAUAUAAUGGAUUUGGAUGAACUGCUAAAUAUGAUGUAACCUCACCCCGUUUCAGAAGUUUGCAUUUGCUAAAGUGGUCUCCACUUAGCAUUACCAAAGAAAAUAGGGGUUUGACAUUAUUUAUAAAAAAUACUGCACUAGAAAGCUAUAACAAAUAGGACCGGCCCCAUGUGAGAUAAAUAUUUGCUUGUUAUGCUGUACAUUUACAAUUAUUGUAAUUUUUAGAUUUAUUUAAAGUUUGUUUUGUAAACCGUACCUUUAGAUGCACAUAUAUACUAUGGAUCUUGCCAAAUUUGCACCUUUAUGGCACAAGUUAUAAUUAUUUUAUUUAAUUAGAUAAGUCUUACGUUUAGUCUAUACACUCCAGAAAUAGAUAGUAUGUUCCUAUUUUUAAUCAUAUUUUCUAUAGGAUUAUAGUUAUAACAAAAUAAAUAGUUCUUAUACAGUAGGUUUGAUGUACAAUAUGUAUGUACCAGUAUACAGGGUUCUCUAUAAAAUAGGUAAUGCAGCAAAAGAGAGACUACAUCUUGAAGACCUACAGCAGGGGUGUCCAAUCCUGGUUCCUUGAGGGCCGGUCCUCCUGGUUUAUGUUCCCACUGUACCCUAAAUUAAUUAAUUGGGCCAAUUAAGCUUCUAAUAAUUAUUAUCAUUAUUUGUUUAUUUAGCAGACGCCUUUAUCCAAGGCGACUUACAGAGACUAGGGUGUGUGAACUAUGCAUCAGCUGCAGAGUCACAGACAAUUACAUCUCACCCGAAAGACGGAGCACAAGGAGGUUAAGUGACUUGCUCAGGGUCACACAAUGAGUCAGUGGCUGAGGUGGGAUUUGAACCGGGGACCUUCUGGUUACAAGCCUUUUUCUUUAACCACUGGACCACACAGCCUGGACCACUUAAUUGGUCCAAUUAAGUAAUUUAGGGUACAGUUGGAACAAAAACCAGGAGGGACACCGGCCCUCCAGGACAAGGAUUGGACACCCCUGACCUACAGCUAUGGCCAAAUGUUUUGCAUCACCCUAUAGAAUUAACUGAUUUUUGCUUCAUAAAGUGCAAUGAAACCUGACUAAUAAUGUUACGUUAACAGAUUGAAUUACGUACUGCAUAAUGUGACAUUUUGAAAUCUAACAUUAAAUACUGUACUACUGUUAUGGCUUCCAGUAGACUUUUGCAAUAUAAUUUUGUAUUUUAUUUAUUUAUUUAUUUAUUUUUUAAAUUAAUGUCUCAAAGCCUAAAAUUCUAGGUGAUGCUAGGUAAACUUUUGACCAUUGCUGUAAUUUCUGAAUAGUUACUGUAAGUUCUCCCCCACAACCAAUGCCUUCCAGCUGCUAGCCUUUUUCCUCAGUAUAAACCACAAAAAUCUGCUCCACACACAUACUUACAGUACAAAAUACAGAUGCAAAGACAUUCAGCCAGGGACAUCUAAUGCAAUAAGUUAACACUCCCAUCACUCUGUCAGGAUGGACAUGCACAAGGGCUCUUAAGCACUUAUUGUUGUUGACAGAAACCAACAAUUUAACAAUGAUUUAUAGGUAAACCACUCCCCCCUCCCCCCCAUGAUAUAGAAUGUGAUUAUAGAAUCUAACAAACUAAACUUUUUACAAACAUUUUUAUUUUUUUAAAUGUACCCAUACAGUUGCAUGUACUGGAACACAGCAUAUCACAAGCUAGUUCCUAUACUCAAUGCGUACAUCAGAAUCUACACUAACAUUGAAAUGGACUUUAAUGUCAGCAUGGUUGGUCUAUAGAACUGUGAUAUCAACAUUUCAACUUAGACCUGCUCUUUUUUAUAUUUAAACUCUAAAAAGCAGGUUGAAACCCACUCUUUUGCCUUGUGUAUAACAGUGAACAUGCUAUAACUGAAUUGUUUUAUAAAAAGGUUUGUAAACACAGAGCAUUAAUGCAUUAAUAAUUUGCCCAUACUGAAUGGGUGUGUGUGUGGGGGGGGGGGGUAUUUAUGUUUAGAUUAUAAGUAGUAUUGCAGUUUACAUUGUUAUUUCAGAAAACGGUGAUGCUGUUAUGCAACCUCAAUAAAACUCAAAAUUAGA